UAACACCGCCCACUUACGGAGAAAACGAAACUAAACUGUGAUAAAAGGCGAAGUAAAGUGUAAACUUGAUAGUGUGCUGCAGAGUUCCAGAGGUGUCGUCUGUCUUCUGUCAAACCGUGAGCAUGGCUUUUAACCAACAAACUCCCUUCUACAGCCCGAGGAUCCCGUUCAUGGGCUCCAUCCACGGAGGUCUGCAGGACGGCAAGUCCAUCACUGUGAGCGGCAGGGUGCUGCCAGGAGCUGACAGGUUUAAUAUAAAUCUGCAGUGUGGCUCUAGGCAGAACGCAGACGUGGCGUUUCAUUUUAACCCUCGAUACGACUCCCACCCCAUGACUGUGGUCUGUAACACUUUCCAACACGGCAGCUGGGGGCCAGAAGAGCGCCAGCAGAGCUCCCUCCUCCCACAAGGCGCGGGGUUCAAUAUCACCAUCACCGUCCGCCCGCACGCAUACCAGGUGGCCCUAAACAGUCAGCACUUCCUGGAGUACAAACACAGAAUCCCAUUUCAACAAGUUGACACCAUCAAAGUGGACGGACGAGUGGAAGUCUCCUCCAUCUCCUUCCUGAGCGCCGCGCCUGGGUUCCCCGCUCAGCCUGGGUUCCCCGCUCAGCCUGGGUUCUUUAUUCCUCAGGUGUCUCCUUCGUCGUUCGGAGCGUUCCCCACCGGUCCGGCCUUCCCUCCGCAGCCUGGUUUUCCCUCUCCUGGUUUUCCUUCUGCUGUGCCUGCCGUCCCGUACCGCAGUAUGAUCAGUGGAGGACUCACGCCUGGUCGGACUAUCACCAUCCAGGGGACUGUGUCUCCAAGUGCGAGCAGGUUCCAUGUGAAUCUGAGUCACCCGUCAGGCGUCGCACUGCACUAUAACCCACGCUUCAGCGAGAACACGGUGGUGAGAAACACCAAGGAGAGAGAGAGGUGGGGCAGCGAGGAGAGGGGCGGAGCCAUGCCCUUCCAGAGAGGACAGGCCUUCACUCUGACCAUCUGCUGUGAGCGCCAGGCUUUCCGGAUCAUUGUGAAUGGAAUGCAGGCUCAUGAGUACAGGCACCGCUUCCACCAUCUACAGCACAUCAACACCCUGGAGAUCGAGGGGGAUCUAACCCUCUCCUCUGUGGUGGUCUGAGCAAAAUCCACCAAACCAUGAGGGAAACCACUUAAAGGAGUUUUUAACCCUGCUAUAUUGUUGUCUCCUCGUUAAAAACAUACCUAGACCUGAAUUUAGUUUAAAGGGGCACUGUGUAACUUUUCAGCUGCGGGUCUGUCACCUGCUUGUUUCUGUGGAUAUGACGUCGCUCUGUUUAGAAUGUUCCACAGUGUGACAUUAAACAACUCUUUCUAACAUUUAUUCAACUACAGGUGUUUCUUUUAGCUAAAAAAUAAAAAAUAAAAUAAAAACAGGCAUUCUGAAUGUGAGCGGGGUUCUCUCCACAGAUCUGACCUGUAACCUGGUCUGGUUUGGUCACAAUGAAGAUAUAAAGGUUUAAUGCCAUACUACUACAGAAGCCGAGAGGGGUCACAACAAACGCAAACGCCGCAACAAAUACAAAUGUGACAACACAACAAAAAGCCACAACAAACCAAAAAAAGCCACAACAAACAAAAAAAAAGCCACAACGGAAAUGAUCGCGGGACUCUAUUUUAAUGCAAACGCCGCAACAAAUACAAACGCCACAACACAAACGCAAAUGCCACAACACAUUGAAAAGCCACAACACAUUAAAAAGCCACAACGGAAGUGACUGCGGGAUUCUACUUUCCGACGGACCGAUCAAGCGGCAAGUGAAGAAGAAGAACUACAACGUGAAAUGAAUAAUCAUAAAACAAUAAAUUACUUUUACUUACGUUUCCAACUUCUCUGUUCUUUUACUUUUCACGUUGUAGUUCUUCUUCUUCACUUGCUGCUUGAUUGGUCCGUUGGAAAAUAGAGUCCCGCGGUCAUUUCCGUUGUGUUUUUUUUUGAUGUGUUGUGGCUUUUUGGUGUGUUGUCGCGUUUGUAUUUGUUUCGGCGUUUGCGUUUGUUGUGACCCCUCUCGGCUUCCGUAUACUACAAAGCAACAUCUCCGUGAAGAAAACCAGAAAAGUUCCACAGUGCACAUUAACAUCCACAUGGGAGGAAAUAGACAUACACAGACACACGAUAUAUAAUAGUAAUCAUUGUAAAGGUCAAGUUAGCUCUUAUAUACUUAACAUACAGUCGUAAUUUUACAUGCAUUUAUUUUGGGAUUGUCCUGUGUGAGUGGAAGUAACGACCAAACGGAAACAGCAAAUAGCAAAGAUAGCAACAAUCGAUUGGGGAACAAGGUUUGUUUUAUCUGUAAAGCUGUACUGUUAAAAUUGUAUGACUAACAGUUGCACUAUGUAUUGAGUAAGUAAUACAGUGAUCUUAAGGUCAUUUCUGUUAUUUUGUUCUUGUCGGGCUCUUACAUCGGUUCUAUGACAAGGCAUGGAAUGAUGAAAAGUCAUUUGUAUAUCAGUUCUGGCCUUCUCAAUUGGACUGGAUGCUACAACAACAAUAAUAAUGAUAAUGAUAAUAAUAAUAAAUGCACCUUUAAACAUAGUUGGUCCAUAGUUGUAGGGCAAAACUGAAGGUACACAGCUGUCCAGGAAAUUGCAGAUCUAGUUUAAUAUGACGUGUAACAUGAAAUACUCCUGCAAAAAUGUAAUGUUUUUGAGAUGAAGUCCCAAUAAAUGUAAGUGUGUAAAAAAAAAAAA